CUCUUAAAAAAUCUUGUAAACGCUUAAACCCCCGAACGUGUUAAACCUUUUUUGUUGUUCCCUCUCGAAGUUUCUGUCUUUCUUUCUUUCUUUCUCCACAACCCCCCUUUUUGUUUUGCUACAAUCAAUCCAUGGAACAGCAAGCAGAAACAUCUGGACCAUCACUUGAUGACUGUUUAAAGCUUUUGAAAGGAGACCGAGACGAACAGCGGCUCGCGGGUCUUCUUCUUGCUACCAAGUUCUGCAAAAACGAUGAUGUCGAAUCUAUUUUCAGGGUUUAUAAUGCUGUCGGUCCCACUUUCUUGGACCGCCUUCUUCGUACCGGGAUGGGUAAAGGAAGCUCAACUGAGAAUAUUAAAGAUAACCAAGAUGCUUACUUACAGCUAUCUGUUACAAUUUUAUCCGCAUUCUGUCGGGUUCCUAGUAUUGCUUCUUCUGAUGAUAUGCUCAAGAAGAUUCCAAUCAUACUUGAAGUUCUUUCUAGAGAGCACUACAGAUUAGGACCAACCCUGGUCGAAGAAUGCUUUGAAUUUUUAUACUUGGUGUCGACAGCCCACAAGGAGGGGACUCGAAUCUUCUACGAGUCUGGAGGCAUGACAGUUCUAGCUUCACAGAUGUGUAAUUUACUAGAUGGCUCACAUAUUAUGGAGCUAACUAUGAAGCUCCUUCAGUUGAAUAUAAGUCAAUUUUCUUUGGACCGGAUUACCAAGGAGUAUUGUUCAGAAUUGUCAUCAGUGGUGACGGAACUAGCAAAGCAGUUUGCGUUGUCUCACAAUGCACUAAAAUUUGAGGCACUACACCUUUUAUCAUCGAUCCUAUCUUCUACAUAUGCUGCACCUUUGCAUGAAGCUCUCCAUACAAUGAGCGAUAUGAAUUGGACAACCUAUGCGCGUGUAGGUGUUGUGGCAGUUCUGCAAAAUCGUGUUGCACCACAUCAAAGGCUGGAGGCACUUAUAUUGGCCGAGUCUGUUAUGUGUAUUGCUGGUGAACAGUGGCUUAUCGGGAAAACGAAUUUGCCCGAAACACAAGUUUCUAUUCCAGCUGACAGGUGUACAUUGCUUGUUCUGGAAUCAUCUAGAGUGGAAAUUGCAGUUCUUCUCAAUGAUCUUGCCUAUUUGAAGUACGAGAAGUCCAAAGACUUAUUGGAUGUGGAAACCAUUAUUGUAAAGCAAAGAAAUCUCGGCAUUUCAUAUUCUUUAGUAGAGAAGACAAUCAAAUUAAUUUCAAGUGUUGCUGAAGACGGAGGUAAUAUUAUUAGUGACACAAUGUUCACGAAGCUCAUCACUGGGCUUAACGAGACAGUUGGUCUCAUCUUAGAGUAUCUUCGAGAUGCCAAGGAUCAUGGAAAAAAUAUAGGGAAUGAUUUUCUUGCUUCAGUGAGGAUUGUCGGAAGCUACCUUGCUGAGACUCCAGCUGCUUGCAGUGAAAAGGUUAUGGAACUUCUUGGGUACAUGGUUAUGAUUCAAGGUGAAGAUGAACCGAGCCCCUUUUCUUCUGUUUGCUUCUUGGUUCCAAUGUUAUGCCAAAUAACAAUGGAGAUUGAUGGAUGCCGGCUUAUCGUCUCUUCUGGAGUGUAUAAAGCAGUUGUAGAAUGCCUAAUUAAGUUGCUUUCGGAAGAUACUGGCUCAAUCGAGGAAAAUGGUCCAAUUUUUUUGGCCUGUGAUACAAUAUUAAAUCUUCUUUUGAAGAGUGAUCAGAUUCAGCUCCAUUUGGAUGAUACUUGUUUUAUCAAGCUAUUGGGCGUGCUGUCAUCAUGGGCAGAGGAUGCUCCUGACUGGUCUACCACCAUGAUGGCUUCAAGCAUUUGCGCUUUGAUAUUAGAUUCGACAUGUGAGGCAGUUCUUUUAGGGAGGCCGCUCUUCAACCAUAAUAAUCUCAUUAGUUUAUCCCAACUCAUGAGACGAAGUAUGGCGUCGCACGGUAAACAUAGCGAGUCGGAAGCAGAUCUUCUUCAAAUAGUUGUCUCAGGAUACUCAAGAUGGGCCAAUCUCUAUCCUAGUAUCAAAGCAGCUGUCGAGGGGAAGUAAUCAAAUCUCUUUGGAAGUUUGCACAUGUCACCAGUUAUCUUUGGAAGUUUGCACAUGUCACAGAUGAGCCACCGGGAACAAGUUGACUUGAAGUUGGUUGUAAGCACCUAUUGAUUAUAUAGAAGACAUAUUUACUUGUGAUCAUAUCAAACAUUUUUUUGUUAUUCUCAAAACUGAACCAGAUGUAAAUUUUUUAAUGAUACUCAUCGAAUCUAAAAGACCAAAAUGAGCUAAACCUUAUCACCCA